ACAGCGCUGCCUACCUUCUUUUGGGCUGGGAGAUUUCGUCGGGUCCACCCUGACUUCGUUUUUCCUGAGUGCUCUGCCGCGCAUCUUUGGGUGCUAUGGCGCUGCGGGAAUGUUGAGAAGCGUCUACCCCCUCUUCGGCUUCUGGAAGGCGCGGACAUGCCAAAUAGAAACAGCCAGAAGCGCCUCAGUGAUACCCGGUAUCUGAUGAAUAAGAUCGAGAUAAAGCGCCGUCGAGGUCAACUAAGCUGGGUCCCGGUAGUCCGCCUGCAUCGU